AUGCUUGACAUAGCGGUAAGAUACCGGGACACUUUGGAUAGCCUGUGCUCGAAGCAGGAGCGUGGGCUGCGCGCGUUCGAGCUCUCGGCAGAAGAGUGGACAAUUGCGGAGGAACUGCGGGAUGUGCUCAAGGACGCGACCCUCUUCUUUUCGCGCGACACACCCAACCUCGCCAUGGUGAUCCCAGCCAUGGAUCACAUCGACACAAUGCUCACGAACCACUGCCGCGACGACGGCACUCUCGACCCCGCUAUCCGCUCUGCUCUCCGCCUCUCGAAGAAGACCUUGAACAGGUACUACAAGAUUAGCGACAUGUCCACGACGUACAGGAUUGCCAUGGUUCUUCAUCCGGGUCACAAGCUCAAGUAUUUUGAGCAGGCUGGAUGGCCGUCGGGGUGGCGCAAGACGGCGGAGCAGAUAGUCCGCAAGGAGUACGACACCUCCUAC